AUGCAGUUCACUCUCGCCGCUCUCCUCAGCCUCAGUGCUACAACCCUCGCCGCCGCCAUCCCCCGUUCUACAACCGGCUCCUGGGACGUCUCAGUGACGCGAGCCGGCUACGCAAACGGCUAUAAAUCGACCACCGUGUCUGCGACCUACACCAACGACAACAUCGCCGAGGGUAUCACCAGCACCUGCACAUCUGUGUUCAACCCGGCUGCUAGCCCGUCUGCGAGCGAGAGCUGCGAUAACGAGUCGUUCAGCUACACCUACGAAGACGAUGUCAUUACUCUUACGCAGACUGUGCAGCUCGAUGAGGUGACUACGGUUUCUGGCAGUGCGCCUUUGACCUUGACACUUGGGUCUACUGGACGCUCGAGCUCGGGUAGUGCGACCGUUGAGGCUACUACUGCUGUUGCUUGA